CUGCUUCCAGUUUCACGAUAAACCCACAAUCGACCAAAACAAGCAACCAGACACCGAGCAACUGUCUUCAUCUUCAGAUGCCACCGUCACAAGUCAAUCUGACGACAAAUCUACACAAAGAGUCACAAAACACGAAAAUGAUGUGGAGAUGGACGCUGAGGAUGAAUCGAAUAAAAAUGACGUUGAGAUGGUCACUGAAGCUGCUAAUGGUAACGGAGAAGACGUAAAUAAUGGUACGGGCUCUCCUCAAGCGAAGAGACGCAAGCUCGCAGUGUGUGGGACGUGCCUAGGCUUGUUAGAAGAGGAUGGGUGGGCGGAAAGCAAUGCAACGGUUAAAGAGGUGCUGGAUAAGAAACAGUACGACAGCAAAUCAUUCGGGUGUGGUCUCUCCUCACCAAUGUGUCUCUUGCUGCGAGAGAAGGUCAUGUGUCUGAUCAUCAAGGAGGUGUUCCCAGAAUAUGAUGAAAACACAGUAACAAGCAUCAAAGAAGCGUGGAAAGCGCGUCACGCGCCUGCGCUGGCCAGACAUCUAGGGCUUGCGUUGGACUCGGGCGCCGUCUCAGCCUUGUUACUCGUGCUAAACAUGGAGUACCCUGAUGAUAUACAGGAGCUAGAAAUCCUCAAGCCCCUCUCGCCAGAGCUCUUCCAAUCCAGAAGUAGACAGAAGAAGCGCUUCACCGUGGAAUUCACGCGGCGCUCCGUCGAACAAGCUUUAGAGGGCGCCACUCUAGCUGCGUUGGCGCCGCUAGGCUGGGGCGCCGUCAAGGGCGCCAAAACCAGGGCGAACUGUGUCAGUGUCACUUGCACGAAGGCGCCCAUGUAUUUGGGAGGCAGGUACAUAAAGCUGUCGCGCGAGCUGCCCCAAACGCCAUGGCUGGUGCAGGGAGAAAGAAUGAUGGAGUCUUCCGUGCAGGAGAUCAUAUUUGAACCGCUGGCCAAGUUGUGUGGCAUGUCGGCGGCGGAGGCGGAGCACCGGCUGAAGUUCAUCUCGGCGGGCCGCGAGGACGUCGACGUCAGGUGCCUCGGACAAGGAAGGCCCUUCGCUGUCGAGGUAUUGGAUCCCCGAAGAGAUCUAACGCCAGAAGAGUUACAACAAAUUUGCGAAAUCGUGUCGGCGGGCGGACGCGUAAAAUUACACCAACUCGUCUUAGUUACCAAAGAUGACCUAGCACAACUGAAAGCCGGCGAGGAGAACAAAUGCAAGAUCUACGAGGCGAUCUGCAUCAAGCUCACGCAUUCGAAGAAUGGAAGCGACGAGCACAACGGCGACACCCCAAUACAAGUGACCGACGAAGAUAUAUCCAAGAUCAAUUCCUUCCGCAACACGCCAGAGGGAGACCCUGCUCGUCUGAUGCUCUCACAAAAGACUCCAAUACGAGUGUUACACCGCCGUCCACUGCUGAACAGGACUAAAUAUGUACUGGAUUUGACCGCUCAGAAGGUGCCAGGUCACCCACAACUCCUAGUCCUAAGGAUACGCACGUCCGCCGGCGCAUACGUCAAAGAGUUUGUGCACGGGGAACUAAGACGCACAACGCCAUCUCUCGGCGACGCGAUACAAGCGCAGUUCGACAUUCUGGCGCUAGAUGUCACUGAUGUACAGUUGGAUUGGCCUGUUAUUAAAUAAAUUUU